ACAGCUAAUUCAAAUUUGUGCACUCACUGAGCAUAGCUGUGUAAGCUUUCUUUCAAUUCAACUGGUUGAUUAAAGUCAAUAUCAAUGAAUAGAAAGGUAAGGACAGAAAAGGAAAUACAAGCUUAGGUGAGACGAAGACCAGACGGUAAGCAGUAAAUCCUGGUGUCGUUCUGUACUUAGUGUUUAUAUUUUUGCUCUAGUGGAGGAGUUUCGAUUAUCGGAAGCACUCAACAUUGCUAAUUAUUCGUGUUUCCCGCGUGUGGAAGUUUGACAGCCCCAGUAAUAAUUGACGAGGAUUGAGCAAUUGUUGUGGUGCAGAACGUUCCGCCCUGAGAGGUAUCAAAGUGCUCAUAGGGAUUAUAAAUGAAAAGGCGAACAAACAGCAGCCCGUGUAAGCAACUGGGCAAAUGGAAGGCCGCGCUAGUCGCAGUCAGACAAGUGCAGCUGAACGUGAAGCAAAGGAGACCAAGGCUCUUUCCGCAGUGAGCACUCGAUCAGAGAAAAAGGAUGCCGAUGUUACAAAAGAAAAGGUUGAAAUACCUGUUAGAAUUCGAAGACGAGUCGAGCAGGAGUACGUUAAAAUUCGCAAUGCUCACAAAGAGAAAAGGACUCGUCAAAUUAUUGAAAAAUACACCGACAAUCGCCGUUACGUUCGUGAAACGUUAGAGGCGACUCGUGCAUCACGGAAGUACGGAGUCAAGCCACAGUCAAUUUUUCCUGAAAUGCCGGUCCAAGGAAAACUCGUCAAAAAGGUUGCUGUGGAGAUACACGGCGGAGGUUCGGGGGCAGGCGGCGCAAAGCAGGCGGUCCCUUGUAAGCUUAUGACCGCGGUACAAGCAAUUCCUACAAUGUACACCUGGGCUCCUACGCAACAGAAUUUCCUCGUUGAGGAUGAAACAGUUCUGCACAAUAUACCUUAUAUGGGUGAUGAUCAGGAUGACAGUUUUAUCGAGGAGUUGAUAAACAAUUAUGAUGGAAAAAUUCAUGGUGACAAUGAUCGGAAGAACACGGUCAAUGACGAACGUCUUAUCGAACUUGUGAACGCCCUCAUGAAAUAUGAGGAUGUUUCAACGAUGUACACGCAGAAAGAGUUGGAAGACAAUCUUUCAGACCCGCCGGAAUACCUUUUUGCAUGUGUGCACGCAGUCUUUCCAUCAUUAGCCGGAUCUCCACAUGAUCUGCUCGAGAAGUAUCGCCAGCUGACGGGUAAAGGCCCGAAGGUGCCUGUUGGUCAAUGUACGCCAAACAUCGAUGGGCCGCACGCGCUUUCUGUUCCUCGUGAACAAAGCAUGCAUUCAUUCAAGGCGCUUUUCUGCCGCAGGUGCUACAAAUACGAUUGUUUCCUGCACUGUAAGUCUUCGGAAGCUCAAGGCUCAGUCCCACAGCAUAAACGCCGGUACUACGAUAUGAAGGUGGAUAGCGAAGCUUGUGGAGAUAAAUGUUAUCUGCAUCUUAGUCAGGUUAAGGAGGAGCGCGCUAAAGAGGCAAAAGAGGCUAAAGAAGCCCGUGAAGCGAGAGAGAAACAGUGGGGUUCUGCAGGGGCAGGCGUAGCGGCAACCGGUAUAAAUGGCCCGGGAUCCGAAACAGCAGAGGACGCCAUUAGGGUUGAAGAGGUCGGUCAGGUCGAACCAGGAGCUUCUGGAAUGACAGCGAAUGAUCACCAUCAUCACCAUCAUCACGCUGAUAGCGGUAAUGAGGGCAGCGACGAUAGCAACGAUGGCCAUACAACUCGUGAUGGGCUCGGUCAUGCGAGGCAGAAGGUCACCGUUAAUUCGCUAGCUACUGAAUCGGAGCGUGCCAAACAAUCACCAUCAUCACCACAAAGUGAGCUUAGUGCUCGAGAAUCAUCGGAGGUUUGGAGUCCCGCCGAACAGUCAUUGUUUCGGGUGCUUUCAAAACCAUUCUAUAAGAACUUUUGCGCUAUGGCCGCAAUUAUGGUAACGAAGACCUGUGCACAGGUGUACACGUUUGCUCAAAACGAGCCGGUGGACGUGGCGCCCCCACCCGAGGACGCGGAUGACGACAGUCGGCGGUCGAAAAAGAAGAAAAAGCACAAGAUGUGGUCGACCCACUCGCGGAAGUUCGCGGUCAAAAACGCGGCGGGUCCCGGCCUGGCGUGUCAGUACUCGCCCUGCCAUCAUCCUGGACAGCCAUGCGACACCACCUGCCCAUGUGUUCAGUUAAGAAAUUUCUGCGAAAAAUUUUGCCACUGCAGCCCGGACUGCUUACAUAGAUUCCCUGGCUGUCGUUGCAAGGCCCAGUGUAACACGAAACAGUGUCCAUGCUACCUAGCUGUACGAGAAUGUGAUCCUGACCUGUGUCAGGCUUGUGGAGCGGACCAACUUCAGGUGUCGAAUAUAACCUGUAAGAACGUUUGUUUACAACGUGGACUGCGAAAGCAUCUGUUAAUGGCUCCAAGUGAUAUUGCAGGCUGGGGCAUCUUUCUCAAAGAUGCAGCCGCUAAGAACGAGUUCAUAUCCGAAUACUGUGGAGAGAUCAUUUCCCAGGACGAAGCGGAUCGCCGUGGUAAGGUGUACGACAAGUACAUGUGUUCAUUCCUCUUCAACCUGAACUCCGAUUACGUCGUCGAUGCAACGCGUAAAGGCAACAAAAUUCGUUUUGCAAAUCAUUCGAUUCAACCGAACUGCUAUGCCAAGGUUCUGAUGGUUAACGGAGACCAUCGCAUCGGUAUUUUCGCUAAUAGAAAUAUCCUUCCUGGCGAGGAACUCUUCUUUGAUUAUCGAUAUGGACCAACGGAGCAAUUGAAGUUCGUCGGCAUAGAGCGUGAGAUCGAGUAUCUUUGAUACUAGUAAUUUCGUUCGUUAAAUCCACUGCACGUUUCUCCGUCUUCCAUCUUCGCAUUUUGGAACUCUUGAAAGGGGGUCAAGAACAGGAAUAACACUAUAGUUAUCACUAUGAGUGUGGGUAUAUAGAAAAAAACAUUGGUCUAAUUCAGUUUAUGUAUAUUGCCCUUACAAAUUUUCUAAAGUCGCCGGAAAAUGAUUCUCUGAUGUUUAUAAUAACGGCGGCGUGUACAGCAAUAACGUAAUCGUUUGUUGUUAGAAAUCGUAUUUAGCUUUUUUGUAGAUUUUUUACUAUUGAUACAUAGCUUUCGAGUGUAUGUAUAGUACAAGUACCAGAUGUGGUCGGAAAAUGUACAUAAUUAAUAAAAGUAGAGCAAUUAGAUUUAAUUGCCUUGGUUUCUUACUUCAGCUACUAUCAGCUAAGGUGUAGAUCAUCAAAGUCCCUUCAUAGAAUGAUCUCAUCAAAUCUGACGCCCUAAUUUCAAUUUAUAUUCGGUGAAGACAGUUAGGAAUGCAGCGUUUUAAAGUUGUAAUCCACUUAUCAAUAUUAUAUAAACUAGACCUUAUAGGUCGAUCAUGAAUAAUGCAGUCCCUGUUUUUUUAGCGCUCAGUUAUUACACGAGUUACUUGUUUUUAACUUACAUUUUACUUAUAACAACUGGCACAUCCAUGCCACCUGUGAUGGCUUUCUGCGCCUUGGUCUCCUCGGUCGCAUAUACUACUGUACAUUCCAUAGAAAAAUAAAAUAAGGCCUUUCCGGCUUUUUAAAUAGGUAAGUGACGACCAAUCAAUAAUCUGUAGAAUGUUUUAAAGGAAGGCCGAUUUUUACCUACUUCUAUUAUGCAUUGUGGUAACAAUAUGUAUCAAUCGAUUACGGACUCGCCUUAGAAGAUUCAAUCCAUUUGGACUGGUGAUUUUAAGGGCCGCUUGGUUUAGGUAGUCAACACGCAUCCUGUGAGUGCGUUGCCAUAGUAACAGUAGCUAAGGAGCAUACACCCUUUCUGAUUCAAACUAUAACAUUAGCAAGAACUAUCAUUAAAUAACUAGGAAGAUAAGGAACUGAGAAAAGUGGGCAUUAUUACUUAGAUUAUCAGCUGGUUGUAUCUUGUUUCAUAAAUUUAUUGGAGAAACUCGAAAUAAAUAAAUCAAGACCCACUUUGAUUAGAUUCCUGAUAAUAUGUGAUGUUAC